UGGGUGCUGUUGUAUCAGUGUGUGGUCGAGCUGGGAUGGCUGUCAAUGUAUUGCAAGAUAGCUGUGUUGGCUUAACCAGAGGAGCUGCCCGUGUUUUAAGUGCUGGACCCCUAAGCUUUAUAUAGACUGGAGGGGUUCCACCUGCCCGCAGAGCAGCUGAGCUGGGGACAGUGACACGUGUCCCUGGUUUUGUGCCCUCGGUGUGGGGAGUUGGGCAGGGCUGGCAUAGAGAUUGGGCAAGGCAGUUAAACACAGGCUGGGGAGAGAUCCUGAUCUCUCCCAGUAAUUAUGGAUGGGUUAACCCUCAUCUUGUAAACAGGCUUUCAUCAGUUUCUGGGGGUGUCCACAAUGAGUCUGGUGGUGUUAACCUCUUCUUUUCUGCUUACAGCAGAUCUCUGCAGAGAUGCAUGGCAGUGAGAUAGAUCGUAAGCUAGAGGUUCUUGUGUUUUGAGAGUCUGUUCUCCUUGUAGGGUAGUUCAGGCACUUUGCAGCCUGGCAGGAGUUAUCUGAAGUGACAGAGCUUCUUCCUUUUCCCGGAGGCUCUCGCUUAGUGCCUUCAACGUGUCAGGGCAAUUCUUCCCAGCAGACAGCUGGCAGAGUACAAAGUUUGGUAGUAUUUGUCUGCGGAUGAGUCAGCAGAAGAGAAAUAGCUCGCUUCUGCAGAGCGGAGUGAUCUUGUAGGCAGAGCAGCACAUGACAGCUGCAUCUGACUCUGAGUUCAGAGGGACGAUAGGGGAGCGCCAAGGCAGGCAGUGCAGCGGGGACAUGGCAGCACGGAGGGGCUCACGGUCCCAGCGUCAGCCUUGUGCCAGCUUAGACCUGUUGCUGAGCUGUUGCAGUCACCUCUCAUUUUGUGUAGGUUUUAUUUUGCUUUGUCCAGCUGCCCCGGUUGUGUUAUGAAGUGGUAGAGAGGUUGUGAUUUGCCCUAUGGAUCUGCCCUAACAGGGAGCUACUUAACUUUGCUCUUGGAUAGCAGUUUCUCCUAUUGAGCACAGCUCAGGCUUGCAGGAUGGUGAUUUCUCAGGCCUAUACAACAGUGUUGAUGUUUUACAACAGGUCUUUUUCUUUAGGCUAUGCCAAUUCUUUUAUCUUGCAGUUUUUCAAAAGGAACCUUUGGAGCUAUCUUUUUCCCUUCCCCAUCUGCUGCAAAUGUAAUUAAUUUUAGAACAGUCUGUGUUGCACAUAUUUGGGGAAGCAAAGAUGUGUGCUCAUGUGUUCAGCUCAGCUACAGAUGCUGGCUUGCAUUGUUAGAAAGUCAUUGUUUAGGGGCUAUUUUAGUCAUUUGGAUCAAAAGAAAAAAAGUUCUAAGAUAAGCAGCUUUAUCACGUUAAGGUGUAAUUUGUUUUUCAAAACAGUUUGUUCUCAGCUUUUAAUGAAGGUGCCUUUGAUGCUGGGAGGAGCUCCUGGAAACGCGCUAGCCACAGGGUAGAGGUUUUAAAGCUCUGAAGAGUGGUAAAAUUACUGUUUAAUUUCUGCAGUAGUUUAAGUAAUUAACAGAACUGCGUCACUCAGGAGGUGCCCAGCCAAGCUCCAGACACUGCAGAGGCUCCAUCACAAAGUCUUGGUGUAGCACUGGCACAGAGAGCACUUGUGCACCAUCCACAAGGCUUCAGCCACGGUGUGUCAGAUAGUCACAUUUAAGACUUUUUACUGUGUGCACCAUGAGAAGUGGGAAAGGGAAUGGAAUUAGAGGGGAGAGAGUGGUGAGGUGCUGGCAUUAUUGCCCAGAGAGCUGUGGGUGCCCCAGCUCUGCAUGUCCAAGGCCAGGUUGGAUGGGGUCUGAGCUGGUGGGGGAGUAGCCAGCCCAAGACUGGGGAUGGGGAUGAAUGGGCUUUAAGCUCCCUUCCAACAUAACCCAUGCGAAUGUUUAUGUGAACUAGACAAUUUCUGGUAGGACUGUGAUGAUAAAUAUCUGAUGCAUAGUGUGCUUGCAAGAUGGCAACUUGCAAAACUGAAGGAAUACUUACUCCACACCCUGUGUUUUCAUAGAGGUACAGUGGAAGCUACUGCAUUUAUGGCACAGAUCUUGCCCCAGUUAAAUGUUUGCUUAACUGUUUGAAGACUUAGAGCUUAGGGCUGCAAACUUUUUAAGCCUGAGUUUGCAUUUGCACACUCUCAUUUAUUUACCUGUUGUUAGGAAAUGAGGUUAAUUACUAGAAUAGGGGAAAUGCUGUAAACUCAACUGGCAGACAUUAUGAGUGAGCACUGGAUGGUUCAUGCAGCUGUGAAAUGGCCACACGCCCUUCCUCUGUUCCCUUUGGAAGAUGAUAAAGCUUUUCCAGCUGCUCUCCACAGGCACUUUUGUCUUCUCCCCAGUAUUUUUUGGCUCCUCGCUCACCUAAAGAUUCUCUUUUCCUAAUGUAGUGCAUUAUGUUAGGUCUAAUAGCAGUUUGGGGCACGUAGCCCCAAACCAGUUCAGCUGCAUUUGACCCUAAUGCUGUUCACAAGGCAUCAUCUUGGUGAUGCUCGGUGGGAAAAUCUGUGCUCUUGCAUGCUAUUAAAUAGCAUUUAAUUCCUUUGGGACAUUCCUUAACUCAGAGUCAUCUGCUCUUGGGUAAGUUCAGUCACUCAAUCUGCUUCUUAACAGCUCUCUUUCACCAGGCCUGGCUUGCUUGCUGCUGGAGGGCAGAGUUUCACCCAGUGGCCAGCACUGAGGACAGCCUCAGCUCAUCCCAAGCAGGAGCACUUGGAGAGACCCAAGCACCAGCGCAGAGGGUGCUCAGAGCGUCUCUGCCUGUUCUCUUACCUCUCGUUGCCCCACCUAGCAUGUUCCAGCUUCUAUUGGACGUGUGCUUGGCAAGAUGGAGCCGCCGACCUCCUCCAGGCUGAAUUCCCGAAAGAGAAGAAAAGAUGGAUCUGGCCCCAACGGGGCAACAGAGCUGGAUGGAAUCCCUGCAAAAAUGUCCCGGCGCUCUUUCGGACUGAGGGAGCCAGCUCCAUUUUCAGAUGAAGUGGAGAUCGAUUACAGCAAGCCGUACGUCAGAGUGACGUAUGAAGAAGCGAUGAGAGGGACCCCUUUGGAUCGCCCUGUCAGAGUUUAUGCUGAUGGAAUAUUUGACUUGUUUCACUCUGGACAUGCCCGGGCCUUGAUGCAAGCGAAGAACCUCUUCCCAAACACAUACCUCAUUGUGGGAGUCUGCAGUGAUGAGCUAACCCAUAACUUCAAGGGCUUCACGGUGAUGAACGAAAACGAGCGGUAUGACGCCGUGCAGCACUGCCGCUACGUAGAUGAAGUGGUGAGAAACGCACCGUGGACGCUCACCCCUGAGUUCCUGGCAGAGCACAGGAUCGACUUUGUUGCACAUGAUGAUAUCCCCUAUUCUUCUGCUGGCAGUGAUGAUGUUUAUAAGCAUAUAAAAGAAGCAGGCAUGUUUGCACCAACGCAGAGGACUGAGGGGAUCUCAACAUCAGAUAUCAUCACCCGGAUCGUGCGGGACUACGAUGUUUAUGCCAGGCGGAACCUGCAGCGGGGCUACACAGCUAAAGAGCUCAACGUCAGCUUCAUAAACGAGAAGAAAUAUCACCUGCAGGAGCGUGUGGAUAAGGUGAAAAAAAGGGUGAAGGAUGUAGAGGAGAAGUCAAAAGAAUUUGUCCAGAAAGUGGAGGAGAAGAGUAUUGAUCUCAUUCAGAAGUGGGAAGAGAAGUCUCGAGAGUUCAUUGGCAAUUUCCUGGAAAUGUUUGGCCCAGAAGGCGCAUUGAAACACAUGCUGAAGGAGGGCAAGGGCCGGAUGCUGCAGGCCAUCAGCCCGAAGCAGAGUCCCAGCAGCAGCCCCACGCAUGACCGCUCCCCGUCUCCCUCCUUCCGCUGGCCCUUUUCAACCAAGACUCCCCCUUCCUCGCCAGCCAACCGCUCCAGGAACGAGUCUGCAGUCACCUACGACAUCAGUGAAGAUGAAGAGGAUUAAACUGCCAGCCAGGAUUUGCUGCGAACUGCUGAUCGCUGAAUCCUAAGUCCAGACCCGCUGGGGGGGGAACUCUAAAUGAACAAGAGAGCCAUAGGAACAGGGCUGAUGGUGAGCGUGGGGCCUUGAAGGCACCCACUGCUCUUAGCAAGGGCUGCUGCCUGGAAGCACAUUCAAACCUCCUUUCUCUUCUCCCCAAAUUCCCUUUUUAUUGUUUACGUUCUGGUGUUUUCCAGGGGAAAGAUGGUUUUUAUAUUUUAAGAAACUAGUCUUUUAAAACACGAAGGAUAGCACCGAAGCGCGGCUCUUCUUUUUGGUUUCUUUUCUCCUCUUAAAUUCUCCAGGUGAGAUGGAGAGUGGUAAGACCAAUCUGUCCCUUUUUUCCUCCAGCUCUUCAGUCUUAUAUCUCCCACCCCCAGGCAUUAUCCAUGCCACUGCCAAAUGAAAGAUCCCUCAGUUCCUCAACCAGCAGCACCUCAACAGCACACAGGAAGCAGCCUUGCAUAGAGGCUGCUAGGAAGUAGGGACCUUUCUGCUGCACCGGUGCUGAUAGGAACCCAUCUGGCAGACUCUGUAGUGCUCUCACACCUCUUAGCUGAGCUUGCCAGCGUGUCACAGCAAGGGUGUGCUGGGAUGGGGCAGCUGGCUUAGAGUGCAUGAGCUACACCCUGGAAGAAGUUGCAGCUCCACAGCUGCACACCCUGUAAGCGUGCAGUGUUUGCAGCUCCAAAACUGCACAGAGGGCUGCAGGGGAAAGGCCUUUCCAGCCAGUCUUAACAGGACUGCUAAAUCUUUUGAUUUAAACAUUGAGCCUUCGGUUGCUGUUGGAGAGAAGAGAGUGAAUCUUUGCUUCAGGGCACUUGCUGUCUGUGCAUUUCCUACGGUGUGAGAGAGCCCAGGUAGGAAAUGAAUGUAUGUAUGCCUUUGGGAAGCUCCUUGUCUCAGUCUCUGCUGUGUCAUGAGUUUUACUGUCUGUCCAAACAGCACUUCAACACUGUGCUCUGUGCGUGUUUGUGUUUCAGUUGCUGGCUCUAGGGGCUGGAGCAGUCCUUAACCCUGGUGCCAUGAAGUUGCUGCUAUAAGGAUACAACAUGACCUUGUACAGCCAACUCGCUGUCCAUGUGGGUGUGUGCAGCUGGAAGGGCACAUUUCACCCCAGCAGAGGGCCGCAGUCCUAUGUGACAGUUCCCUGCCUUGCACAAAUUUGUGCCCAUUUAGUCUGCUUCUCGAGGCAGGCCAGAGAGCCUCCGAGCACUGCAGUUUUUUGAGAUUUUAAACAUGUAAUCUGCUCAUUUGAAAUCGUGGCCCUAGUCUUGCCUGCUGUUGUGUUUGUGUAGUGAGCAUUGAGCUGCAUGGCCUCCAGCUCUGCGCGCUGCGUGCCCAUGCGCUGAGCCCCUCCUGCACUCUGUCCUGGUAGCCAGUGCUGGAGGGAGUGGGCUGCUGCCUCCCACUUGUUUAUCCAUUCAGGUUUGCCUGUGACAUCCGAAGUCUCUGGGUGAAGCUGCUGGGCUCCUGCAGUGCUGGGAGCAAUACUGCAGGGCUCUUACAAGCAGAACAUGGGGUUUAGGGAGCAGCAGUUGCAAGGAGACGAAUCCAAAUGCUGCCGCAAGCUCUGGGCUGAGCAGUGCUGCCAGGGAUGCUCCAGGGAAGGAGCGAGCUGCUGCUCAUCAGCUUUUGCCUUGCUGAUCUGUCACUGCCCUGAGGGCUGGAUGGGAACUUGUAGGAAACAAAUGGUUUUUGCUCCGUGCUUCUGUUGAGGCUAGAGCCUGUGUGAGAGUAUUUGGGGGAUUCCUGAUCUGCCACUCAGUCCUCCAGCAGGUAUGUGCACAGCUCUGGGAGCAUGACUGGCUGCUGUAGAUUUUGAGCUGUACAGAGCGAGUACAGUCACUUGGUACAAGCCAGUUUUUACUCCCCUGGUUUAUGAGUGAUAAAGCACUUCAUGUAUAUCACCCGUGUUCUUUCCUCCCUACCUUUCCCACCUCCCCUGGUUUGCCCUUCCCUCACUCUGGAUGUUACGUUGCUUUCCCCAGCCAGGCCAUGCUGUGUCAGAGCCUCACUACUGUUCUAAACACGAGUUAAGCAGCAGUAUUCUGUACUUUGGGAUAACAGUGGGUUUCAGAUGGUGGCUUGUCUCGUGAAGACCCUGCAUAUUCCUUGGUGUCUGCACAACCUGGGGUGCUUGGUAAGAAGACAGACAUGAUUUUACACGUAGCUUGGAAUAACAGAACUGUUUCUCAUAACCAAUAAUCCCUGCUUCCUCCUUGCACUUAAAUUAAAACGGCCACUUGAAUUGUGCACUAGUA